AUGCUCCGGCCAGUCUCAGCUCUAGGAGUAGGGUGUGGGGAGAGCCUGUCCUUCCUAUCUGGACCGCCACCCCUCCAUUCCCUGCGAACAAUACAGCGCCCACCCAACCCCCAACACGCACACACAUUCCCCAAGGCAUGCUCCGCGGGCGGGCUGGCGGCGGGUCCCCCCGCCCCAGGAAAAGAGCAAUGGAACAGUUCACGGCCGCCGCGAGUUCCUGGUCUUCCUUCCUUUCCGGUGAUAAACGGCGGGGCUACAAUCCAGUUGCUGCUCAAGAUGCUCCACCCGCGGGCUCCAGCCUCUUUCCCUCGGCCCUCCGGGGGCCCAGAUCAGGACCGGUGGCCCCUCUACCUCCGCCAGGCGCAUAAAGCCAAGCGCCCGGGCGACCAGAGGCGCGACCAGGGCUGGGGCGCGGACCCUCGGCGGGCUCCUGCUGCCUCGCUUCCUCCCUGCGUGGUCUUUUGCGCCAGGGAGGAGCUGGGUCGCCCCCUCCCUCGGCUGCGCCUGGGCGGGCAGGGAGCUGAAGGGACCGGGACGCGCGGGAGGCGCGCAGAGCUCUCCAGCAGCCCGCGCUCGCCGCGCCUGGGGAAUUGGCUGUGGGCGAGGCGGCCCGAGCUGGCCUUUAUCGCUCGCCCCGCUGGUCGCUUGAAACUUUAUCAGCGAGUCUCGCCACUCUCCGCAGACGCGAAAGGGGGGCGGGGGCGCGGCGAGGCGCCGGCGGCCGUGACGAGGCGCUCCCAGCGCUGA